GGGUCUCCACUCGGAGCGUAGGGCGGGGCGGGCGGGGAGGGGAGCGGGCAGGAGCCGGGCUGGCGCUGCGGCGGGGAUGCUGUGGGUUCCCGACGGCGCUCAGCAGGCCGGAGCACUGCAUUGAAGGCACUGAGGUGAGGUGCGCUGCCAGGCAGGCGGGGAGAGCGAGCCUGCGGGACGGACGAGUUUGAUGACACACAGACUACUGCACUGGUGUGUGUGGAGCACACGUUAUGAACCCUUUCUGGAGCAUGUCUGCAAGCUCUGGACGCAAACGGUCUGAUGGCGACGAGAAGACACUGACAGGGGACGGGAAGGCCAGCCCUCCGCGCACUGCUCCCAAGAAACAGCUGCCUUCCAUCCCUAAAAACGCGCUGCCCAUAACCAAGCCGACUUCCCCCGCCCCGGCCGCGCAGUCCGCCAACGGCACACAUGCCUCCUACGGGCCCUUCUACCUGGAGUACUCGCUCCUCGCAGAGUUCACCUUGGUUGUGAAGCAGCGGCUACCCGGGGUCUACGUGCAGCCGUCCUACCGCUCGGCACUGAUGUGGUUCGGAGUAAUAUUCAUACGGCACGGCCUCUAUCAGGAUGGCGUGUUCAAAUUUACAGUUUACAUCCCUGAUAACUACCCUGACGGUGACUGUCCGCGCCUGGUGUUCGACAUGCCUGUCUUUCACCCGCUGGUGGACCCCGCCUCGGGGGAGCUGGACGUGAAGCGAGCGUUUGCCAAGUGGAGGCGCAACCACAACCACAUCUGGCAGGUGCUGAUGUACGCGAGGAGGGUGUUCUACAAGAUCGACACCGCGAGCCCCCUCAACCCCGAGGCCGCUGUCCUGUAUGAAAAAGAUGUUCACCUGUUCAAAAGUAAAGUGGUUGACAGUGUCAAGGCAGGCACGGCCCAGCUGUUUGAGCAGCCCAAAAUAGAAGACCCCUAUGCCAUUAACUUUUCCCCGUGGAAUCCUGCUGUGCACGACGAAGCCAGAGAGAAGAUGCUGACUCAGAAAAAACCUGAAGAACAGCACAGUAAAAGUGUUCACGUCGCCGGCCUGUCGUGGGUAAAGCCCGGCUCAGUGCAGCCUUUCAGCAAAGAAGAGAAAACAGGAGCCACUUAAGAGCUGGAGAGGCUGGUGCACCGUGCACUUUCCCGCGGCCCUGGGCCCGGUUCAAGUUGACCAGCGGCCGGGACUGCCGCGGAGUAAAACUGUGUGACCGGGACUGACACCGGUGUGGUCCGUGCGCGCUUAGGUUCUAACGGCAAGUUCUAGAGACCUCUCCGGUAACGCGUUACUUCUGUCAGAAGUGUCUUAGGGUGGUGAUCUAGUUCAGUACUCCAGAUUCUUGGGGACAUUGAGGCUUAAGUAUUUUUCUGAAUGUAAAGCUAAAGGUAAGUGGCAUUCAUUUAAAACUAAUGAGGUAGACAGACUUUAGCGCUAUCUAAUGACUUUCGAAUCAGUGGUGUCAGCUGUACAUACGUUGGGGUGUGGAGAGGGAAGGCCCGGAGGAAGCAGGGCCAGAGCGUACUAGCACUUUCAGGUGGAAGACCGUCUGAACCUCAGUCUCCAGCCUGCUGUUUCGCUACUUUACAAGCUGCUGUCACUGAGGUGCGCAUUAGGUGAGUGAGAAGAGACCAGAACGUUUGUUCAUAGUUGUUUGUUUUUUAAAAGCAAAUUACUUACUGUAUUUUUGUGGCAGGAGGGAGAAAAGUGUUAAAACGGUUUCUAAUGAAGUCAAAUAUUUAAGCAACGAAUGACUAAUGUGUUUUGUAGAGACAAAAUAAACCAAUAAAUGAUG